AGAAAUGCUAUAUCUAGCACAAAUGCUGUCGUUAUACACCACCAACCUUCCCCACUCGCUCACACCCAUCCCUCGAACAUGACCUACGUCUCAAAUGAUUCCAGUUACUGGCCGCAAAUCAGUGAAAAUAUUGUUGUAAACUAUUGGAUAGUUGCUGCUGGCAUUGUGGUGGUAUACGAUUGGGUCUUAACACUCGGACAAGAGAUUGAACUCAUCUGGAAACAACGCUUAUCUCUCAUGACCGUGUUGUAUUUCAUUAUACGCUAUAUUGGAAUACCGUAUUCUGUUGUCUCUCUUCUGCAAACUAUGCCAUCGGUAUCGCUUACAGAUGCAGUAAGUGCUAUAAUAUACUCUGCAGUAGGUGGGACAAAUGUGACCUUGUUUGCCAUGUUUGGCGUGAUCAUGAUUGCUCGGUUACAUGCCAUGUAUCAGGGAUCUAGAACGAUCCUUAUCUUCCUUGUUAUUAUCUUUCUGGCUAUCAACAUCACCUGCGGAGUAAUCGCGGCAAUAGGAUUCAACAAUGUUGUAGCAGAGGAGUUCAUACUCUCUGGCACGUAUAUGUGCUAUUAUGGACUUGAUGGGGACGAGCAGCUUCUGUUUUCGAUGGCUUGGACGAUCAGCACUGUUUGGGAGGUCGUCGCAUUGUGUCUUUCAGUUUGGGCUGCUGUGAAACACUUCCGUGAGCUGCGACGACUCGGCCCAUCGACAGGAUCGACCAUCGGGGACUGUUUCAGGGUGCUCAUACAAUCUCAUGUUCUUUAUUUUGCAAGCUAUGUUUGUGUCUCUUGCUUGCAGAUUGCUGAUCUCUCUCCAGAAAUAUCGAAUUCGCAUUCUAUUGGAGUUCAGAUACUCGGAGGUGCCGCUCAAAUUUUAUUGGUCGUGCAGAUGUUUGUACUGGGACCACGCCUCGUCCUGAGCGUUCGAGAAUACCACGCCAAACUCGUGGCAUACUCCGACGUGGAAACUAGCAUGAGAUCGAUUGUUUGCCGGGAGCAUGUACAUGUAUCGACUAGCAGUACUGUGUAG